CGAGACGAUGACAAGUGUAGAAAUUGACGUCACACCAUUGCGUCACCGAGCUUGCGCCGGUCCACUCGUUUCAAGUAGUGAUUCAUUAGUCAGUGUGUGCCAGGAAAUUUUGCAUGUUUAAUAGUUAAAAUUGCAGCAAAGAAAACAUGCUGAUUAAAGAAUACCGUGUGACCCUACCCCUCACAGUCGAAGAGUACCAAGUGGCUCAACUAUUCAGCGUGGCAGAGGCUUCCAAAGACAACACUGGCGGCGGAGAGGGGAUAGAAGUAUUGAAAAAUGAACCCUUCACCAAUUUCCCCUUACUCGGGGGUAAAUACAACAGCGGACAGUACACUUACAAAAUCUACCAUUUGGCCAGCAAAGUACCGGCGUUCAUAAGGCUCCUGGCACCGAAGGGGAGUUUGGAGAUACACGAAGAGGCUUGGAAUGCUUACCCAUAUUGUAGGACCGUCAUUACGAAUCCUGGUUAUAUGAAGGAGAAUUUUGUUAUUUGUAUUGAAAGUAUGCAUAUUGCUGAUAAUGGUCAUCAGGAUAACGUUCAUGACUUACCCAGUGACAAAUUGAAACAAAGAGAAGUGGUACACAUCGACAUCGCUAAUGAUAGUGUAUCGUCGGGAGAUUACAAAGAUGACGAAGAUCCUACGAAGUUUAAGUCUCAAAAGACGGGCAGAGGACCUCUCGUGGGUCCUGAUUGGAAGGACAAAGUCAAUCCUGUGAUGACGUGUUAUAAAUUAGUAACUGUAGAAUUCAAAUGGUUUGGUUUACAGACGAGGAUAGAAAGUUUUAUACAAAAAUCUGAAAGGCGGCUAUUUACAAAUUUCCAUAGACAAGUUUUCUGUUGGAUGGACCGCUGGCACGGUCUGACGAUGGAAGACAUCCGUGCAAUAGAAGAUAAAACAAAAGAAGAACUAGAAGCUCUCCGUCAAAAGGGUGAAGUACGCGGUAUGAAGGCCGAUACCGAAUAAACAUAGCCAAGUAAAAAAGAGUCAAAGUAAAAAAAACAAACGAAAACCAAUUAAAACGCAACCAUGAUUUAGAUGAAUUUUAAUUAAGUUUCCAUACCACACACCAAAAUGAUGUUAAAUAUUGUUUGAGUUGAGAUGUUCUGUACUGAAAUUCGUGAGUUAUCUACAGAAAUUUUAACAGCAACUCAACAGUUAGAACAGUGUAUGUUGUCGUUCAGUUUAAAGUUAUCCAGAUAUUUUGAAGUUAUCCAGAUAUUUUUAAAUUAUCCAGAUUUUGAAGUUAUCCAGGCAUUUUGAAGUUAUCCAGACAUUUUGAAGUUAUCCAGACAUUUUGAAGUUGCCCAGAUAUUUUGAAGUUAUCCUGAUAUUCUGAAGUUAUCCAGACAAUUUGAGGUACAGCAGGCAAGAGUAGAAAAUAAUUCAUACUACUUUGUCGUAUUUUCAUCUUCACUAGCUAUUUUUUUCUCGAGUACUUAUUGCAAGAUAUUUUGAUGGCUUCAAAUUACGAACUGCUUCCUUCUUCACGUUUAUCCAGAUGCUACUUUUUAAAUUACCUCAGUUUAAGCCGCCUGAGAAAAACUAUUCUUUUUUAAAAUAUUUUUCAUGUUGUUACCUCAGCUAGUUUCGAUAUGAAGAAAACACUGGAAGAACAGUGGAAACAAUAUCCAGAUUCUUUAAAGGAAAUCAGUGUAACAAUAAUAAAACGGCUAAAAACGUCAUCUACAUGGUAGAAUAGUAGUCAAUGUUGUUAAAAAUGGAUAAACAUCUUCCAGACAGAUCUCGAAUUGGUCAAAGUGGUACAGUACCUAAGAAAUAUAUCCCUCACACUGAUAAGGAGUAGUCACUGAUAAUAACUUUUUGACUAGGGCGAUUUUUGAACAUUUGACUGCCAAAACUUGUCAAUCCUGAAAAAAAAUCAUCUAGAAGCAUGCUUCUUCAUCUUGAUUCACAGUUAGAUUGUCAAAAAAUAUAAAUCCUGGCAAAACACUGAAAAAGAUAAUACAAACUCUCAAAAUAAUCUUGAUUCACUGUUAUAUUGUCACAAAAUAGAAAAUCUGGCAAAAAAAAACUGAAAAACAUCAUACAAACUGUCCAAAUGUAGUCAAUACAUUAAAAAUGGCUCUCUAUCUUAACAAGAAGAGAAAUUAAUUUAGAAAUAAAGAAAUGUACUUAACUAGCUGUUUCUGAGAUUGCUAAUUUUAGAACGAGACUCAAUAUACUUUACAAAAUUUAAUACAAAAACAUUUUUUUGUAUCCUCAAGUAUUCUCUUCUCUUCCAUUACAAGGGUUGUCUUUUUAGUUGUGUAUAUAGCCAGAAAGACAAAAAUAUAUAGACAUCGAUAUAGAUUUCCUUCAAGAUCGAUACACUUUUGCAUACGUUCAAACCAAUUGUUAAAACAGUUAUUCCAGUCUUCAGUUGACACCUGCAAAAUUGCUGUUUUAAAGGCAUCGAUGGCUUCUUCUGACGACUGGAAUCGCUGCCCACGCAUUGAAAUCUUGAUCUUUGGCAACGUGAAGAAGUCGUUGUGACUUAGGUCGGGGCUAUACAGUGGAUAGUGUAGCAAUUCGAUGUUUUGAAGCUCCAAAAACUCGUAUUAUCUUUUGGGCAGUGUGAGCACAUUGUCCUUAUCUAGGAUGAUUCACCAUUGUGUGUUGCUUUGUCGGAGUUUCGCGAUAACUUCUGGUAAACAAACUGUUAUAUACCAAUAAAAAGUAACCGUUCUUCAUUUUCUAAAUCAAUUUUUGCCACAUAACUAGAUUUUGACAAAAAAAGUAGCGACUAUUUUCUUUGACACAUUUCGAGAAAUGAUCGUUUUUGUUGAUUUUUCCUCAUCGUGAAACACCCACACAGCGGAUUGGCGUUUAUUUUCCGGUUCGUAGGAGUAAAUCCAAUAUUCAUCAUCACUAAGAAUGCUAUUAGAUUUUUUGGGCUUCCUUUGUUGAACCGUUCUAAUGUUUUUCGAUACCAAUUGACGCGAACCGAUUUUUGCUCUUCUGUGAGUAAAUGAAGGAUCAAACGGUAAACCAACUUCGUAACACCCAGUUCUUCAUGUAGGAUCUUUUGGAUCGAGGUCUUUAAAAUGCCCAAAGAUGCCUCUAUCUCCCGGUAUGUUACACAGCAGUCAUCCUUAAUUAGCUGACGAACCGCAUCAAUGUUUGCUGUGUGACUUAUGUUUUGGGUAGACUUGGCUGGAUUCGUCGGUGAGACUGGAGCGACCACGUUGAAAUUCACAAUACCAGCGAGAAAUAGUUGACUGGUGUGAUGCUUCAUUUCCAAACACAGAAACCAUUUCAGCGAGACAUUGCUGUUGGCAUAAUCCUCUUCGAAAAUUGUAAAAAAAUAUUGUUUUGAAAAUGUUCUCGGCUAAGAUCCAUUUUUCGUCCAACUUGCUAAUUUAAAAAAUUCACUGUAUCUACACGCCUUGUAUCACAAUGAAACUUUGGAUUUAUGUCAACAGAAGAUUGAGGUUACGUUUGUGUUGAAAGGUUUCAUUGGUGGCGCCCUCUAAGCGGCGAUAUACAAAACUAAAAAGACAAACCUCGUAUAACUUACGAGCGAUGCCUCACGAUAUUUUAAUGCAGGACCGUCUCAUCGAGUUGAGACACCGACAUUCCGGAAAGAAAAGUUUUGGAUAAGGGUGACACGGGGUUUUCCGAAUGUCCUAGUCUUGAAUUUCAGUAUUUUUAAGUAUAAAGUGGUUUUUAAAUUAUUUUUUUAUUAGUAAGGUGCAUUUAUGUCUCUUUUUUUGUAGAAAAACUGAAUAAGUACAUAUAUUUGUAUAUACAGGUAGUUCCAACGGUUACUUACGUUUUAAUGAAUUGUUUAUCUGCAGAAAAAUCUACACUGUUGUAUAUAUUUUUUACUAUUUUAAUUAUUCAACUUAAACUGUUAUCUGCGAUUAUAUAGAAUUUAAUAAAAACCGUCAUUCCUUUGAAAACAUAAUAAAACAGUCAAAAUUAAUAUUUUUGAAGUUAUUUUCAUUGAGAGUAGGUUUGAACGAAUAUUGUCAGGAUGAAUUGUGAUUCAUCCUGACAAAAUUGACAUCCUGACAAUAUGUGGUGACUUAUUUCUGAACCUAGUCUCCUUUUAGCUCGAUACACUUGAGUCAGCGAUGCUCCAUCCAGUGGCGGCUCGUGGCCUUGAGAGACAGGGUCGACAAGAUUUUUUUGCCUCCUCAUAUAGGUAUACCAUCUAAUUAAAAGGCUUAAAUCAUCAUAGGAGAUGUUUUUGUUUUUAUUUUGUUUGGUUUACUUGACAUUCUUGUGUCAUAGUGUUUCGACAAUACGUUUUGAUUAUUUUGAGACAAGAGAAAUUCCGUUCAUUUGAGGCAGAAGUUAGUGGUAAUAAGAGAAUUUAUGAGCAGUUUGUUGUAGUGAAUUGCAGUACUUACUAUAUUAUAAAAUUAUACAUAUUUGUAACUUAUCCAACUUUCCGAAAAUAUUUGGAUCAGCAUAAUUUUUAAGUAACUUGUACAUAAAUAUAUUGGUAAUUUUUUGGCGAAGGUAACUUUUAGAUUUUGAAUUAUUAAAUAGGUCAAAAAUUUGCAAAUCUUCAAAAUUCAAAAAACGAGUAUCUGUUUGCAUAAUAGCAGGUUCCAUAAUCCAAAAUUUCAAAAUAUACUCGUUUUUCGAGAUAUCUAUCAUGACUUUGUCUUUUUUUGGGUGGUUCGAAAAUAUCAAGCGAAUCCAAAACGUCACUGCGUAUAUAUUGGAAACUUCUAUCAUUACGAAAAUCUCUGAGAUUUUGCACCAGCCUUCUUAUUUUAUUUUUGGAAUAAAUAAUGACAAUUUACUGAUUUUUAACAACAAUGAAUAUCAAAUUGGUUUGGGCAAACACUUUCUUUAAAAAUAUUUAAAAGAAUAUUAAUAAAGUUCUCAAACCGCUUGCUUCACGGAUCGAGAUAUCACCGCUUUGAAAAUCGUCGCCUUCGUUAAUAAAAUCAAAAACUUCCAAAACACUGUUCACGAAAAUUUGCUACAGUGAAAACUAACCGAGACUUAAAAUUUCAUAAACUGUUUGCAUUUUUUUUUAAACAAAUUGUUCUAAAACAGUAGUAGUCCGUUUAGGCGAGCUAAAAUGGCAAGAAAAUAUGAUAUUCUUUAAUUUUUUUACACGUAUCCUGCAAAACUAUAUUCAUUCUAUGCGCAUGACAGUGAGUAAAUAAAGCUUGGGGUGCAAUAGUUUUACCUUUUGCCUGGAGACCAUUCAAUUCACCGGACAUCACGGCAGCGCCGUCGUAAAUUUGCCUUACCAAUUUAUUUUUGAUAUCCAAAAAUUUUAAUCUGUCCUUUAAAACACCAAAAAUAUAUUCUACCUUAUUGCUUUUACUGACGUCUUUUAAAACCUAAAAACCUCUCAUAAAUAUUACCACGUAACGCCUAUCGAACAACAAUUGAUAGUUGUGAAUGACAUGAUAAUCAGAAGUUUCAUCUACUUCUAACGAAAAGCAAAUGGUUUUCAGAAUCUCAGAUUCAAUAACGUUAUUCAAAAUGAAACUAAUUGAUUAUAUUAGUUCAUUCUGUACUGUUUUAGACACGCCGCUAAAUAUCUUCGAAUCAGAAAAAAAAAUUGGAAAAUUUCAAAUCGUAUUUCUUAAACAAUUUUAUUAAUUCUCUAUAACUACUUUGAUUUAACGAAUGCUCCGAUUCAUCAUGUCCCGUAAAUGACAAUUCCUCAAAACUUAAAUAAAUUACAAUAUUAAUUAAACGACGCGACUAAAUCGGCGUGAUUAUUUUUUACAAUUUCUGCCGAUGCUUCCAAAUGAAACAUCGGCAGAUUUAAAUGUGCCGUACCUGCCGCUUAAUGCCUACGGAGAGAAAUAUACGUUUGGUUGCUCUUCGACUCUAGUUUAACGUGUAAAUCGUCAAGCUCGAGAUGAGCUGGGGUCGGCUUGCCGAAAACAGUCAGAUGAAUGGCUCGGAUCAUUCAUUUUUUGAAAAGUCUUAUGCGCAGGGAUCACUUAACGCUCGGAAUGGCCGAAUCCUUUUAAAAACCAUGAAUCAAAUUCAGUCUGUAUUAUCUGACAGAUUUUUUUAUUUCGCAUUAUACAAAUGACAUCAACUCUGGUUAAAUUAAAUAUUAAAAAAAAUCUAUAUCUAUAAAUGUGUGGGUCGGCACUGCCGACCCUGACCGACCGGCCGCCCGGCUGCCACUGGCUCCACCUUUAACCCGUCUCAAAAAUACGGUCUUUCGAGGUGAAGAACUCCUCAAUCGACUUAAAUGUCUGCCCUGCGAGUGACUUUUUCAAGUUUGGACACAAAAAUAAGUCGAACAGGGCCAAAUCUAGAGAAUACGGUAGAUGGGACAGCAGUUCGUAGCCCAAUUCGACCAGUAUGGCUAUGGCGACAGCGGAGAUAUGGACCGGUGCGUUGUCAUGGUGGAAGAGUACUUUUCUUCUUUCCCAAUUGGAGCUAUUUUUCUGCAAUUAGGCGCCGAAUGAGCCCAAUAAUGAGGCCUAGUCAAGUCCUGCGACCACACCUUGUGAAUCCCAGAAAAUGGUGGUCAUUCUUCGCUCUUGACAGCCGCUUGUGACAGCUCUUCAGACCACGUUUGCAGAGAUAUGCCCACUGUAUCUACUGUUUCUUGGUCUCUGGUGUGUACCAAUGGAAUCAUGUUUCUGGCUAUGGUGACAGCGGAGGUAUUGACCGGUGCGUUGUCAUGAUGGAAGAGUACUUUUUUCUUUCCCAAUUGGGACAAUUUUCGGGAUACCUGGGCGUGACUUCUCAUAUUCCGACGUACAACCACGUUGAAACUUGUAAAACCAAUUUUUGACGGUCGCCAUCGAAGGAGAAGGGUCACUGUACACAGCAUACAAGUGCUCUUUAAUUCGAGACAUUUUUUCCGAUUUUCAAAACGAUAAUUUUCGAUAAAUUUCAAUAAUAUAAAAGUUACUCCCAUUAAAAGUUUUAGAAGCCAGCUGUCGAGUUGCAGCUGCACAGGUUAGGCGUCGCGCGCGUUGUUUUAUACAAACGAGUUAUAUAACUUUGUUUCUACUUCGAGUUUAUUAAUAAAAUUUUGGGACAGUAUUUCUAUGAUACUACUCUACAUUCACACUCAAGACGCAGUAGAAGUAAACAAACCGAGACACGUUAUCUGUUACAAGGGGCACUCCUGAAUCAUGAUUUAAAAUAUGUAUACAUUGUAAAUCACAUAAUAUGAUGAUUUACAAAUUUUAUACAGGUCUCUGUUUGUUUACUUCUACUGCAUCUGGAUUAUGAAUGUAGAAUAAGGGAUGUUUUUACGAAAAAAAGAAAAAAAGUUUUUUUUAUUUAGAAUGUAAAAGUCUCCUUAAUAGAACAAAUUUACAUUUUUUACCAGUUUGGACCUGUCAAAUUUUUGGACUGGUCAAAUUGUUUUUAUUAAAUUUGACGUAUGAGGUGUUAAGACCAUUAAGCUCUUAUCUUCACUUGCAUAGGAGGAACGAUAAAAUAAAUACGAAAUUUCUGUGGUUUAUUACUUUAGUUAGUCUAAAUAUAUAAAUAUACAAUAAAUAAAACGCCCUAAAAAUGGAAUUGAAAGGAAGGGAAACAGACGAUAUGAAGACAGCGUUCAUAAAAUGUCACAGAAUGUAUAUACUAGUAUGGAAUAAGACAUUGUGGCCUCUGUUAUCUAUUGAUCCUUCCAGAUGAUCUUUGAUUAUUGGAAAAUAUCUUUUCCUUUAAGUAAAUGAAACUAGUCGAGCUGGUGAAUUUAGCGAUAUUAACAUAUAAAUUCACAUUAUAUUGAUUCGUUUCCCACCUUUACACGUAUCAGAGGAGUAUGUCAACUAAAAUUGUCACUAUGACAAUGGCAGUUGCUAAACUUGUCGAUACGUCUAAAGGUGGGAAACAAUCAAUAUAGUGUAAAUUUUUAGGUUUAUAUCGCUAAAUUUCCCAGAUCGACUAGUUUAAUUUCUUUUUAUCUCACAACUUAAUACGUUUUCCAUCUUUUGUGCUAUUUUGCCGGUUAUUAGCGCGCUCAUCACUAUACCAUUCUCCUGCUUUUUUUACAAAACAUUUUCAUAGACUGUGAUUGGCGUUCUAGCCGUUGGGACUUCCUGUAUAAAAAGUUAGUUACCAAUUUUUACUAAUAUAUCUUUGGGGGUGUUUAUUAUUUUUACAAGGCAGUCACAGAGCCUAUCUUAUUCAAAACAACAGGUAAUUUUUCCAGUGCAAAUGUUUAGGGAAAAAUAAUGAAAUGGUUUUUAGUAUAAGACGCAAAAUUUUUUAUAUUGUGUUACCUUUUUGUUUGAAUAAAUUGUUUAUUUUAUAGUA